CGGAGACGUGUUUUGCAUUGAUGCUGCGCCUAGCGCCCGUCGCUUGUGCUGUGGCCUUCCCAUGGCGCAAGAGAUGUGAACGGCGCCAGUUCAAGGUGGUGCAGUGCGAGAACGGCGAGACUGCUCGCUAUGUAGAAGCCCAGUUCAUGGGACUUCACAAGAAAGGCUUCGUCCAGCCGGGCGAGUGGCAUCCGGUCACCUUGUGGCCUCCGCUGAGCUUCCGCAGCGUCUGGGAGACCGGGCGAUACUUCCUCAACGUCCGGCGGCCGCACGUCGUUGUCAAGGUCUUCAAUGCAAGAGAUCAGGAAGCAAUAGAAGGUUUGUCGAAAAGAGAGUUCUUUGAGAAGCAUGGUUUUGUGCUGCUGAAGAAAGAGACUGCCAUGACUGCUGCUGACUGGAUGCAAUGUGCGCCGAAAACUUUGGAUUUGUCAAACUUCACAGGCAUUGGUAUGCCAAAGAUAGAGACUGCCGUCUCUCGCAUCUAUGCCAAAGAAGUCGAAGAGAUGGUAAGGGAAUUGAUGCCCAGUGCCAAAGAGGUGGAGUUGGAUCCUCUUUGUGCACGCCGUGGUCCUGGGACAAAGAAUCCUACAUACUCAUUCUCGGUGCAUCAGGACUAUGGCUUCACUGCAGAAGAUUGGCCCUUGAUGGACAAUGGCUUCAAAUCUCGCUUUGAUGCGCCAACCGUCAAGGGCUUCAUGGCCGUGAACUUCUGGCGGCCCGUUUUGCCGAUGAAGGGCCCCGUGAAGAAAGCCCCUUUGGCCGUGUGCGACCCCAGCAGUGUGAAGUUGGAGGACACGGUUCCUUUCCGGAUUCGAUGGGACGAGUUGGGCUAUGUGAAGAUGCUGGCUUUGGCCCAUGAUGAUGAACAGCGCUGGUACUACUAUCCGGACAUGACCACUGAUGAAAUCCUUGUCUUCAAGUCCUUCCAAUAUUUUAAAAGUCAAAGUGGCCCGGAGCUCAACACGUGCUUCCACACUGCCUUCGAAGACCCCACGGCGCCGACCAAUGCUGAGCCUCGCCAAAGCUCCGAAUAUCGCGUGCGCAUUUGGUUUUGAACACCGUCGUCAUUGCUCAAAACACAGCAGACCUCUUUGCGCCAGGGUGUGGAGAAAAAGACAG